AUGGCGCAAGCUUUUCCGUACACGUACUACGCCUGCGACUGCUUCGACAACAACACCACGACCUCUACGAAACGCACGACGCACGUCCUCGCUGCCUUUGACGACGAAGAAGAGACCUUGGAUCCGAGGAACCCACGCUCCAACUACGCGCUUUACCCGCUCGAACAUCUCCUCUACUGCGAAGACUGCCUGCAAAUACGGUGUCCACGAUGCGUGAUAGAGGAGACGCUGAAUUGGUACUGCCCGAACUGCUUGUUCGAAGUACCGAGCUCCGUGGUUAAGAGCGAUGGGAAUCGGUGCACGCGCAAUUGCUUCAAUUGCCCCGUGUGCAUCUCGCCGCUCAUAGUCAACCUUCUCGACAACCCUGACGCGGAUCAAGGAGUGCCAGACCGACACAUACUCGCGUGUCCGUACUGUCAUUGGAGUACGAUCGAGACGGGCAUAGAGUUCGAGAAGCAUACAGGCGUGUAUUCGCAGAUUGCACGGAUAGCGAAUGGAGGCAAGCCGAUACCGACCGCGAAAGAGCGCGACAAGGAGCGCGAGAGGCGCAAGGAACUCGAGGCUCGGCAGAGAGACUCAAGGAACCCAUUAUCUCCUUCCAGCGACUCUACAGCUAUGGAUGUCGAGCAGUAUGAGCCACCGACACGCGACGAUCUAUUCUCGAACCUGGGUGCUUUUUACAAGGCGCAGCUCGACUCACAGACACCAGCGAAUCCUCUCGAGAUGAACUUCUCCUCGCCCUCGGCCUAUUCCCGCAUCAUGAAUCUCUAUUCAACGAAUACAGCGAAGAAGCAGAAGCGCAACAAGCCGACGCCGAUGCGAGAGGCUGCGUCGGAGUUAGAAGGCCUGGUCAUUCACGACCCCGCCGCAGACAACGCAGCGAUCGAGCGCAUCAAACGAGACGGUUGGGGCAGUACCUUGUCGCCUGCCCAGAAGCUCGCACAGCUGGAUCCUCAUAUGCAGUUCGAUAACGAGCUCCGGCCGAUACCAACUCUCCUCUGCACAAAGCGAUCAAAAAGAUGCCGGUCCUGUCGACACAUCCUGUCCAAGCCAGAGUCCAAGAUCACAUCAACACGAUACAAGAUCAAGCUGUUGGCACUGAAUCACAUCCCUAGGCUCAGCAUUCGCGCACUACCCCCCAACCCAGCUGUGCCACCAGUCCCAGGCUCCAUGCCCGCCCCACAGCCUCCUUUCAACUACAAUACCCUCCGUCCGGGCAUCGCAACGCACUUCCUCCUCCACGUCAGCAACCCGCUCUUCGAUCCGAUUCAAGUCACGCUCGCCACGUCAAGCACCACACCUGGCAAAGUACAGUCUCGCGUAACGAUACUAUGCCCACAAUUCGAAGUUGGAGCUAAUACCGAUGUCUGGGACGACGCGCUCGCUUCGGGUCCGGCGCCUAUGCCUCGCCGCUCGACCAUCAACGCCGAGACAGGACAGAUUGAAGCGGGAAAGAUUUGGGAUAAAGGACGGAAUUGGACUAGUGUAGCUAUCGAAGUCAUACCAGGCUUCCUUAGCGAGCUUGGGGGCGAGGAUGAGCUGGACGAAGAUGAAGAUCUGCUUGAGAUACCAAUAUUCGUGCGUAUCGAGUUCGAGGCAGAUGUCAACGCAGAAGAGAGGGGGUUGGGCGAUUCUAGGGGAAGCAAAGGGGAGAGAGAGAAACGGGAGGAGGCGUUCUGGACGGUUGUUGGUGCGGGUCGCAUAGCGAGUGCGUAG